GUCCCGUCUGCCUCCGCGCGUUGCCAGUUAAGGCCCCCGAGCUCGAAACUGGAAAUCAUCCCAACCAAGCCUGGCAGCUGGUUGGACUGACCCGCAGAGGUGUAAACUCCAGCCUCUCCAGGCAGCAGUAGAGUCUGUAGUUUGUAGCGUCUGUAUUUUCAACGUGGGCAUACAUGUAGAUAUCGCGACCAUCACCUUCAUUGCCAUGAAAAUUGCCCGCGGCUAGAGAACAUGGCGCGCAAUCGUCCCCGACUGCUUCUUACCCUCCUUCUGGUGCUUUCGCUCGCCGGCCUGUUUUCCUCCUCGCUUCAGCGAUUAUACUACCUCCUUCGGCUCCCGUUUGUUUGGAGAGCCUCCUCCGCCGCUGCGGUCAUCACGCAAGAACAUGACCAAUUCGACGUCACAUUUGCUGCUUACGAGGCCAAUUACUCGACUGCCGAUGCGGGAAAUGGCUCGCUGAUACCUCCCAUACUGCAUCACAUUCACCUGGGCUCCAGACUGCCACGAGCGGAGUGGCUCGAGGCCCGCGAGCUCUGCCUCAAGCAUCAUGCGUCCUGGAGUGCCUUCAUCUGGACCGAGGAGAGAGCGGAGACGCUGGUACGCGAGGAGUUUACUCAUCUAUACUCGAUGUGGAAGAGCUAUCCGUAUAUGAUCCAGCGGGUUGACGCACUGCGUUAUAUGAUUCUACAGAAACACGGUGGCGUGAUCCUCGACUACGAUCUGGCGUGUAAACGAUCUCUCGAGCCUCUGCGGCAAUUCGACUUUGUCGCUCCAGCAGCCCACCCCGCUGGUCUCUCCAUCGGCAUGAUGCUCUCCUCGCCCGGGAAUUCUUACGUCAAGGCGCUGGUCGACAAUCUCCCGCUGUACAACCAGCGGUGGCUAUAUCUCCCCUAUGUGACGGUUAUGUUCAGCACGGGCUGCCACUACGCUUCAACUAUCUACACCCUCCAGUCCAACCGAUCCUCUCUCCGCAUCCUAUCCGGUCCGCCCGACGCACCGCGCAUGCACAUGCUCAACGGGCAGGUCAACACCCCGCUCUUCCGCCACCUGGGCUCGUCCUCCUGGCAUAACCGCGACGCGCGGCUGAUAUCACUGUUCAAGGACCUGGAUCAGCGGGCGUUGUUUGCGGUGUUGGUUUUUAGUCUCUUUGCUGGCACGACGAUGAUACUGUGCUGUGUGCAUCGUGUUCAUGGACGCGGACGCUCUUCGGACGAGGAGCAGAGCACGACUGUCUCGAAGUCGUUGAGGAAAAGUGCUUAGCUAGUGUCUUUAUCAUAUUCUGUCUUGUAUUUAGUUAUGAAUAGGGGAAAAUGCGCGGUUUCUGCCAUCUACCAUGUUGAUAUAAAUCCUCUAGACGACCAUCAA